UUCUCUUCUCUUCUCUUCUCUUCUCUUCUCUUCUCCAGACCCAAGUGGGAAGACCAACUCAUAGUAGAUGCUGGCUCUAAAACAGACUCCCCAGAUUUGCACAGCGGCCCAUGAUGGAGGUCAUAGUGAAGGUAGAAGACGCUCGAGAGGAUGACGAAUCUGCCUUUCUCUCGAUGAGCUGUGGUUACAGUGACGUAAAAGGAACCAGUCUGGAAGUCAUAGUGAAGGAAGAGGAUGUUUCAGAAGAUGAAGACACCACACUACCUAGCUACAGCGGAUCAUCUAAACAGGUUGCUAUGGUGAAAGCAGAGGAUGCUCAAGAACACGAAUGUCUGGGUUGUCCUCCGCAAGACGGAGUAGAAAUCUCAUCACAAGUUGAUUCGACACUGGAGCUGAGAAACAGAGAGUUAGACAUGGGUUUACUGUCUGACUGCAGGGAAACCGAACACUCAGUUUUGGCAAUGCCAGUCAAGGCCGAAAUAAAACAAGAGGAGUGUGAUGAUGAUGUCCUCUGUGCAAUUAAGGAAGUGGAAGAAAAGUCUAGGCUGGAACAUGGCUGUAAGACUGAGACAAACACGUCACCGACCUUCAGUUGGGAAGGAGAAGAAUAUCAUCUGAUGGAAAUAAAAGACGAAAGGGAAUCUGAUCGCAAAGAAUAUGGUCAUGAUGAUUCCUCUCCUACAAGAGAUGUUCAAAGGAUCCAAUCUAACGAAAGACGGAACAAGGGGGAGGGGGGAAACGAAGACACACGUCUCAAACGCUCCCUGUGCAGGAGGAUUUUACGUCAGCGAUUGGACACCCGGGAGAAACAACAUGAAUGCUCCCAGUGUUUCAAAUUAUUUCCUAAACCUUCCGCUCUUGCAAUUCAUCAACGAACACACACAGGAGAAAAGCCCCAUGAAUGUUCUCAGUGUGGAAAGGCCUUUAAUACAUUAUCUAAUCUGAAGGAACAUCAGAAAGUACACAGCAGAGUUAAGACUUAUCAGUGUUCUACUUGUUGGAAGAGUUUCAGGAACAGCUCAGAAGUCAACGUACAUCAGAUCAUUCAUGCUUUUCCACAUCAGUGUUCUCAGUGUGGAAAGGCCUUUGGUCAAGUGUCUCAUCUCGAGGAACAUCAAAAAAUACAUACAAGUGAAAUGUCCCAUCGGUGCAGUACAUGUGGGAAGAGUUUCAAGAGUAGCUUACAACUCACCGUCCAUCAGAGGAUUCACACUGGAGAAAAGCCACAUCACUGCUCUCAGUGUGGCAAAGCCUUUGAGAAAAUGUCUAACCUGAAGAAUCAUCAGAUGAUCCACACAGGGGAAAAGCCGUAUCGGUGUACUACAUGUGGGAAGAGUUUCAGGCGUAGCAAUGCACUUACAAUCCACCAGCUGACACACACAGGGGAAAAGCCCCAUCAAUGUUCUCAGUGUGGAAAGACUUUUAGUCGAAUGGGUUAUCUCAAGACACACCAGAAGAUACAUACUGGGGAAAAGCCAUUGAAUUGUUCUCAGUGUGGCAAGGCCUAUCGUCAAAUGUCUCAUCUCAAAUCACACCAGAGGAUCCACACUGGAGAAAAGCCACAUCAGUGUUCUCAGUGUGGGAAGGCCUUUAAUCUAAAGCAUCAUCUCGAGACACACCAGAGGAUCCAUACUGGGGAAAAGCAACAUCAGUGUUCUCAGUGUGGGAAGGCCUUUAAUCUAAAGCAUCAUCUCGAGACACACCAGAGGAUCCAUACUGGGGAAAAGCUGUAUCAGUGUUCUCAAUGUGGAAAGGCCUUUAAAAGAAUAUGUAGUCUUAAUAAACAUCUCAAAAUACAUACAAUAGAAAGGUUACAUCAGUGUUCUCAGUGUGGGAAGGCCUUUAAUCGAAAGUGUUAUCUCAAGAAACACCAGAAGAUCCAUACUGGUGAAAAGCCACAUCAGUGUGUUCAGUGUGGAAAGACCUUUAGCCAAAUUAGCUCCCUCAAGACACACCAGAGGGUCCAUACUGGGGAAAAGCCACAUCAGUGUCCUCAGUGUGGAAAGACCUUUAGUCAUAUGUGUAAUCUCAAGACACACCAGAGGAUCCAUACUGGGGAAAAGCCUUAUGCGUGUUCUCAGUGCGGAAUGGCCUUUAAAAGAAUAUCUAAUCUCAAGGUACAUCAGAAAAUACAUAUAAAAGAAUAGUCUUGUCAGUGAAAAUAGGUUCCCCACACCAUCCGAAGCCAUCCACCAUGCAUGGAAAAUGAGCGUUCUCAGUGUGGAGAAAUCUUUAAUCAAAGGUCUAAUCUCAACACACACGGACAUGGACGAAAGAAAAGCCUCAUCAGUUUCCUUAGUGUGGAAAGGAGCAACACUGUGUCAGUUCUCUUCAUGUGGAAAAGCACAAUAUCAUAUCUUUAAUCAAAGGUCUAAUCUCAACACACAUGGACAUACGGAAGAAAAGCCUCAUCGGUUUCCUUAGUGUGGAAAGGCCAAAGGCGGAGCAACACUGUGUGUGUGUGUGUGUGUGUGUGUGUGUGUGUGUGUGUGUGUGUGUGUGUGUGUGUG